AACUGGGAGGGCCCCACGAAGGCCCCAUUUCACCUCAGGGCCUUUUUUCUUGGAGGGGAGGUUAGGGCAACCCCCCAGUAAUUAGCUCCGCUAAUUGUCCCACGCGCUGCGGGGGCAGCUGAUGGCACAGUGCCUGCUGAGUGCUGCCAGGCACCAGGUGCAAUUAGCAGCAAGGAAGGGUGUGUGCAGCCUCACUGCGGGGGGAGGAAGCUGUCCCCAAAGAGAUUGGCUCUGUCUAGAUGGCCGUGUCCCCAGGAGCGCCACAAGGAGGGACACACGUUCAGGCCCUGCGGACCCCACUGAGACCCUCUGACCUGACAGGACCCCAGUAGCCCCCACAGACCCCACAGCCGCCGCCAUGCCAUCCCAGAUGGAGCAUGCCAUGGAGACGCUGAUGUUCACCUUCCACAAAUACGCGGGUGACAAGAACCACCUGAGCAAGGAGGACCUGCGUGCGCUGAUGGAGAAGGAGUUCCCCGGAUUCCUGGAGAACCAGCGUGACCCUAUGGCACUGGAUAAGAUCAUGAAGGACCUGGACCAAUGCCGGGACGGCAAAGUGGGCUUCCAGAGCUUCUUCUCGCUGGUGGCUGGACUGACCAUUGCCUGCAAUGACUACUUCGUGGUGCACAUGAAGCAGAAGGGUCGGAAGUGAGAGUGGGCCCCACAGCCCCAAUAAAGUGUUUUGUAUGACUGC